UAUAGUAUUUUCUCUAGUCAUCUCGACUCCAGAGCAAUCCACUUCCAUUCAGACAUUUUCACAAAGCAGGGACCGAAAGACUCGAGCGCUCUCCAUGAAGGCCGAGUCGUCGCCGUUCGAGAGCAGUGAGAUGCUCGGGACUUUCGUGGCGUCGACACCCCUCCUGGAGGAAUCGUGGAGGCGGUGCAAUUUCGCGGACUCUGCCGCUCCGAUGAGCUUCGUGGCGGACGAAUGUGGCGAGGUUGGGUACGUGGCGUUCUCGGGCGUCCAGGCGAUCGACUGGUCCGAACCGAGCUGCGGGACCCUGAUGGCGCUGGGCGAGUGCGAAGGGGAGCCUCUGUUCUCACCGUUGAGGUGCGAUGGCGAGGGCGAGGGCGAGGGCGAGGGGACGGUCAAGGUGGACACCGGAUUCCUCCGUCUCUUCCUGGAAUAUUACCGGCGACAGGAUUUCCAAACCAGGUACGCAGUCCAUUUGCCUUGUUUGAUUUUGACUUAG